AUGGACGACAAUAAUGCGCAAAGCUUCGCUUCUGCAUCUCCUCCUCCUCCACCUGCAAAAGAAUAUCCUACCCUUCAGCCCUCCCCCGUCCGCAGAAAACCUCUACCUAAUAACGUCUCACCUGUCCUCACGUCGCCCAAGACACAGACGACCGAGUCACGGAUCGGGUCACCUUCCAACACGAUACGGAGAAAGAGAGUCCCCUCGGAUGUUGUGACCCAGACGAAUCCCGCUACCACCUCGCCCAUCCUCAAUCGGAGCAAUACAAGCGAUACCAACCCGGUCGAGACAACCGCAGACGUCCCUCUACCUCAUCCUGCGGGCGACGGUGUCACAGCUUCUCCGAAGCGCGGCCUCACCUCCGAACGAUCAAAUGGUUACUCGGUGGACGGCGUCAUUGUAGAGGAGGACAUGGGGCUGAAACCCGGGUCGAGGCCUCCGCCUCUGCGGACGGAUUCGACCUCAUCCACAAAAUCACUGACAGUGAUUGACGCAAAGAAACCACAGACUCCGGGUAGCAAGUUCACAUCGUUCUUCAGCCGUAAACCCGCUGCCUCGCCAAGCACCGAAUCUUCAGUCACGGAUAUCUCGGACAGGAAGUCUCCUCUACCAUCCCCCUAUGGCCAAUCGCCGCACGCUGCAACGAAUUCCCCACCAGGAUAUCCAUUCCCAUCAGCGGUACCGAGAGCUCCAGCUUCACAGCCCUCCCAAGACUCGAUUGAAUUUGACGGAAGCACCUACGCCCAGACGUUGGUUAACAACGAUGGCAACAGAAUCUCCAAACUCGAAGCCGAACUCCGGGAUAUCAGCACGGAACUUGCCAAUUCUAUCAAAAGGGAGAUGGAUUUGGAGGACCUUGUCGAGCAGCUCCAGACGGAAGGUGCCAAUAUCAGCAGAGAGACCGAUCGCACGAGUGAUUACUUUUCCGACUCUGGCGCAAGUUCCAUCAGACCGUCGACCAGUGAAGGUAACCCGAAAGAAGAAAUUCAAAGGAUCAAAAGAGAAUCGGAGCAGCUUCGAGCGCAGCUAAAGGUCGAAAUGUCACAAAAAUGGCAAAAGGAGAGGUCAAGCCGGCAGGCAUUGGAAUCUCACAUCCAGAUCCUGGAGCAGAAGCUGUCCUUGAACCGUCGAGACAACAACGAAUCUGCGGAUAUUACUGCGAGGGCCAAGGAGUUGGAAGUGGCUUUGGAAGACGCCAGAAGGCGGCUAAUGGAAGAAAGGCAAAUCAAAGAGAAUUUUGAAGAUUUGCUGACGGCUCUUCGUGUCGACCUGGAGCACCAUCGGAACGAAAGAGACAAUUUGCGGGACGAAGUAGUACCCCAACUUCGCUCACAGAUCGAGGGCCUCGAGUCGACCUUGUCUGAAUCACAGAAAUCAGACUAUGAUUUUACGCGAAUGCAGCAGGAGCUGCAGAGUCUUCGAGACGAAAACAACGCACUACAGAGUGCCCGUGCCAUGAAUAUGCAAUUUCAGUCGAUUGCGGAAGAAGGCGAUAUUGUUGAAUCACCCAGAGCCGCAACGGCUCCAAGUCGUGGUAGCGGUCUACAAAGAUCAAACACCAUUUUGAACAGGUCAAACUCCAGAGCUACGCUCAAUCGAUCGAAUUCCUUGUCGAGGUCGAAUUCUGUGGUGAAUCGCACUGCUCCAGAGAGUCAGCAAUCUCUUGCGGACCAACUGAAGGAUGUGACAGAACAACGGAAUGCCUUGCAUUCAACCGUGAAGUAUUUGCUAAGAAGACAAGAGGCACAAAGGCGACUGUUUGAGAAGCGCCUCAAUCUGGCCGAAGCAGAGCGAGACCGAGCUGUUUCUUUACAUGGACCCAAGAAGGGUGGUUAUGAACGCGAAGUUCGGACGCUGCGUUCAGAGAUCAAUCUCCUUCGGAAACGGGCGGACGAUGCUCUUGAACAAAAGUGGCAGUGUGAGAAAGGACUAUCUGGCUUAAAAAUGGACCUGGACCGAAGCAAGCAGGAAACUGCUAGUCUACAGACACUGCUACAAGCGCGUGACGAGAGUGCACCAGAAGUCCUCUCAUCCACACUCGAACAAGCUCUGCGCCAGCUGGAACAACAGCGGGAUCAGGCUAGACAGCAGGAAUCGCUUGGUUCGUUGAAGCAUGAGCAAGACCUAGCCAAUGAACUGGAAAUGUCUGCACAACGGUCUGAGUCAUUGGCUGCGCAGGUCAGGAAGCAGAUGCAGGCCAACGCUGCCUUGAGGAAUCGACUCAAAACCGCCGUGGAGAAUGGUGAGCAGAAUCAACAUGCAUCGGCUGAGCAAAUCAACGAACUCCAGACCAAGCUUCGCAAGUUGGAAGAUGUCAUCACCGUCGCUCAAAUGCAAUCGGAGACUGCAGUCAUGAAGCACGAGGAAGAGGUGCGCGUGUUGAGAGCGAGCCACAAUAUCCAGCUGAUGCGGACCAAAUCUGGCCACAAGACACCAGGAUACUUGACACCCGUGCCUCGGUCUCCCAUGUCGCCCAUGUUUGCCAACUCCAAAAAGAGCCCCCGGCUCAACCAGACGACUUCAGGCCCGGGCAUAGCAUUGCAGCAGGCUUUGAAGACCGAGUAUCUGGAAAACAAGGUCGCCGAGCUAGAGAAAGCCCUCGCGGAAGCAGAAAAAGAGAUGGGAGAAGUAGUUGGACGGAUGAACACAGCUCAGAUGGGUGUUGCUGAGCUGGAAUCGGAGAGGGAUGAGGCACUUCGCCAGACUCGACGACUCGAAGCUGCCAUCACUGCGGAACGGGAGAAAGUGCAGGCGCUUCUCGAAGACGACUAUCAUUAUGGUUCAGACUAUUAA